GCGCCCGCACUUUCUUAGAUGCCACUGUUGGCGGAGAGGAAGUUCCGGAGGGCCGCAGCACGCAGACGCCAGAGCUCGGGCUCGCGCCAGCGCGCCGUAAGUGCGCAGGCGCGCCGGUCGUUCUCUUUUCGGCUCUUCCUUCUCCCGGUCUCCGGACGUCAGCGGCCGUUGGGUCCUAUGUCGCGCCGGGCCCUCCGGAGGCUGAGGGGGGAACAGCGCGGCCAGGAGCCCCUCGGGCCCGGUGCCCUGCAGUUUGCCCUCCAUGAUGACGAUGAUGCGGAAGAAGAAGGUCCAAAGCGGGGAACAGGCGGCCGGCGCCCCCGGGGCGCAGGGAAGGAAGGCGUCUGCGUCAACAACCGGUUCGAGCUGAUAAACAUUGAGGACCUUGAGGAGGGACCAGUGCUGAAUGGGGAGAGACCCGAGUGUCUGCUCACAGGGAACAGAAGGAGAUCCCAGAGUGGAGGUGCAGAUGCCAAGAAAGCUGGAGAAAUGGCUGGCAAGGCAGCACCCCCAGAGCAGUCUAAUGUAAGUGGCAAACUCCGAAAGAAGAAAAAGAAACAGAAAAAUAAGAAAAACACUACGGGAGAAAUUCUGGAAAAUGGGCUGGAAGAUAUUGAUCGCAUCCUGGAGAGGAUUGAGGAAGGCGGUGGUUUAAGCCGCCCAGGCCCGCCUCCCCUGAGCUCAAAGAAGCACGUCCUGUAUGUGGAGCACAGACACUUGAAUCCAGACACAGAACUGAAAAGAUAUUUUGGUGCUCGAGCUGUCCUGGGGGAACAAAGGCCGAGGCAGCGGCAGCGUGUGUACCCCAAGUGUACGUGGUUGACGACCCCCAAGAGCACCUGGCCACGGUACACCAAACCAGGUCUGUCGAUGCGGCUGCUGGAGUCCAAGAGAGGCCUCUCGUUCUUUGCGUUUGAGCACAGUGAGGAGUACCAGCAGACACAGCACAAGUUCCUGGCCGCCGUGGAGUCCAUGGAGCCCAACAACAUCGUGGUUCUGCUCCAGACCAGCCCGUACCACGUUGACUCGCUCCUGCAGCUCAGCGACGCUUGCCGCUUUCAGGAGGAUCAGGAGAUGGCCCGAGACCUCGUAGAGAGAGCGCUCUACAGCAUGGAGUGUGCCUUUCAUCCCUUGUUCAGUCUCACCAGCGGGACCUGCCGGCUGGAUUACCGCAGACCCGAGAACAGGAGCUUCUACCUGGCCCUCUACAAGCAGAUGAGCUUCCUGGAGAAGCGCGGCUGUCCCCGCACGGCGCUGGAGUUCUGCAAGCUCAUCCUGAGCCUGGAGCCGGACGAGGACCCUCUGUGCAUGCUGCUGCUCAUCGACCACCUGGCCUUGCGAGCGCGCAACUACGACUACCUGAUCCGCCUCUUCCAGGAGUGGGAGGCUCAUCGAAACCUGUCUCCAGCUCCCGAAUUCGCCUUCUCUGUGCCGUUGGCCUAUUUUCUGCUGAGUCAGCAAGCAGCCCCUGAGCAGGAGCUCAGCUCUGCGAGGGAACAGGCCUCUCUCCUGAUCCGACAGGCGCUCACCAUGUUCCUGGAGGUGGCCCUCCUCCCUUUGCUCGAGUACUGCAGCGUGCGGCCAGAUGCCGCUGUCGCCACUCACAGCUUUUUCGGACCGGACGCUGAGAUCAGCCAGCCCCCUGCCCUGAGCCAGCUGGUGAGCCUGUACCUCGGAAGGUCGCACUUCCUCUGGAAGGAGCCGGCCACCAUGAGCUGGCUGGAGGAGAACGUCCGCGAGGUUCUGCGGGCUGUGGACUGGGACCCUGCGGUGGAAGCAUGUGAGAGCAGGCGGAAGGUGCUGUACCAGCGUGCGCCCAGAAACAUCCACCGCCACGUGGUCCUGUCUGAGGUCAAGGAAGCCGUUGCCGCCCUCCCCCCGGAUGUGACCACGCAGUCUGUGAUGGGCUUUGACCCUCUGCCUCCUUUGGACACCAUCUACUCCUACGUCAGGCCAGAGAGGCUGAGUCCUGUCAGCCACGGAAACACAAUUGCCCUCUUCUUCCGGUCGUUGUUGCCCAACUACACCAUGGAGACGUCUCCUUGCCGCAGGGGAGAGGCUGGAGGCUGGAGGGGCUGGGGUCUGAACCACAACCAAGGCUUGAACAGGCUGAUGCUGGCCGUGCGAGACAUGAUGGCCAACUUUCACUUCCACGACGUGGAGGCGGCUCGUGAGGACAACCCCGAGGGGACGGGGAGUGGGACUAAGCCCGCGUAGAUGCCGCACCCCAACGCUGUACAAUUAUGUUCCCGAUUGCUGUUCUGGUCGAAUUGGCCGGUUCCCUGGAGUGGAAAUGCUGAUGUGUUGUCCGCCUUCCUCCUUUGUGUCUCCUAUAAAUGAGUGGGUUA